CAGAGUCAGUUUAGUUGAAGCAUUCGGUCGUGGCGGUCAGAAUAUUCGGAACGAGCAAGUGAAGUGAAUUGUUUUUGAAGAACAAAAACGAGCAAUAGCAGUUGGAUUAACAAAACUACAACAUUUCCGUCAAUUGAUUGAACUGGGCUUCCAUUCGUCAUUCUAGAAUAUCAGUGUAUCGUAAGCAAGAGUUAGCAUCGUCGAAUGAAACUAUUGCUCCAAACAUUAAUAAUCGCGCUAUGGUGAUUGUGUUAAACGAAAACAGUGAAAUAGUUUUAUAAAUAGUGCCAAUAGUCGAGAAAUGAAAUUACACUGCAGAGCAUCGAUCCUUGUGUGCUUGCUUAUUCUGGUGAUACUAGUUGGAGACGCUAUGGCGAGACGUGGUCGUGCUCGAGGUCGUACCAAAUCAAGGAUGCAAAUCGGUUUGCCAAUUACAGGAAAAUACCGUGAUCCGGAAUCUGACCAAUACUACAAUAACAAUAAUGGUGCCAAAAUAACACUGGCAUCGCAUUUCGAUUAUGAAUACGUUCUUGGACACAAAAUAGCAUUUUUGUGCGUAGCAAGAGGAACUCCUCGACCAACAAUCACAUGGUUCAAGGAUGGAGUGGAAAUCUUUAGCCAUCUUUAUUUACAUGUCCACGAAUGGUACAUUGGAAAGGACAAAGUCAAAUCCAAAAUAGAGAUCGAUCCUGCUACGCAAAUGGACGCCGGUGUGUACGAGUGUACCGCAGACAACAUGUACUCGAUCGAUCGAAGAAGUUUCAAGACGGAUUUCUCGAUUGCUUUCGAUUAGUUUUAUGCCAAAGCUGUGGACUGUGUUUUAGUUUAAGGGUUGGUGAACUGCUUGAUCGAUUUAAACGAUAGUUUUUUAUUGCUUCACCUUACGAAAAGAUUUAAGCUCAAUCUUAAACUACUAUAGCAUUAUGUUGUGAACAAAUACUCAAUGGUUGCUACAAAAAUAUAUAAAAAACAAAACCGUAA